AUGUCCAUUCAAACCCCUUACAAGAUCUUAGAGAUCAACGUAGUUUCUGCCCAGGACCUCCCCCCUGUGUCAAAAAUGUUACGCACCUUUGCAGUUGCAUAUAUACAUCCUGACCAUAGAUUAACAACCAGGGUGGAUCACCAGGGAAAAACAAACCCUACAUGGAAUUACAAGAUGGUUUUUCGAGUGGAUGAUAAGUUUUUUAAUUCAGAAGCGGCUUCUGUCUCGUUUGAGAUCUACAACGUUGCAUGGCUACGUGAUCUGCCCAUUGGAACAACACAUCUUAUGAUUAAUAGUUUUUUCCCUCCUCUUUCAUCCAAAAAUCCAACCAUGAGAUUCACUACGCUUCAUAUUCGUCGUCCAAGUGGUCAUUUGCAAGGGCUCCUUCAUGUUAGUGUUCAAUUGAUUGACACUAGCCCCAAAGAAAUCCUCCCUUCUGGAAGUGAAUUGAGCGCCUCUAUAUAUACAACCGAGGUUUCAUCAUCAAAAGAUGCAAAAAGCACUAGUGACGAAAAGCUUGAAAACACCUCAACUAUUUCUAAAGGUCAUGACACGCUAUAUGAAGAGGAAAUUACCAAGAAUAUUAAUUUCGUGCCGGAGACUCAUGAGGAGAUCAAUAAAAGUCAAAAGAGGGGAAUGUUACAACGUUUACGUAGUAAACGCAUGAUGUCUAAUAGGAAUUCAGAUUUUGCGCCAAAUCAAAAGAUGAGAAGGACACCAACUGUGUCAUUUUGCUCAGGGGUGCAACCUAUACCUUCAAUUGUAGCAGAAGAUAUGAAGAAAGGAUUGUAUCACACAGGGGAAGGAAUAGAAUAUGGAAGUUCUAUAUUUGAAAAUUGGACUGUACCAGGUGAAAAAGAUGAAGAAAUUCAAUCGAUGCGUUCGAAAAGCUUGACGUGGGGCUCAGAUGAUCAAGUUCACGUGCAAGAACGUCAUGUUGAGAUUCAAAAGAAAUCACGAAGAAGAAGACGUGAUUCAGAUAGAGGAGGAUUACUUUCAUGUUUUGGAAAAGUAUAUGGUUUUGAAUUCAAGCUUAUAUUUGGAUCAAGAAGCACCAAGAAGAAGAAAGACAAGAAACUUGAACGCCACAAGAGUCUUCCUUAUAAUAAUAACCAUUAUGAGGAUAACUUACGCAGGUUUUACAUCUAA